UUCCCGCGCCGCCGCGGGGGCGGGGCGGGGCGCGGUGCGUGGCGGGUGGCGGCGGCUCCCCCCUCCUUUUUCCCUCCCUCCCUCCCCCGCGGGGCGGGGCCGGCGGCGCGAGAGCGGGGCCAUUUCAGCGCGCGGCACCGGCGGGCAGGCCGGGAUGCGCGCGGCGUCCCGCGGCUGCCAGCCCGCCGCCGGCCGCGUGCCCUCGCGCCCCGGGCGCUGAGCCGCACACCCACCACCCUUUCCUCGCCCUCUCCCGCCGCCGCCGGCAGCGCCAUGGCGGCCCCCAGCAGCAUCGUGCCGGUCAUGGCGAGUAAAACCAAGACCAAGAAGAAGCACUUUGUGGCGCAAAAAGUGAAGUUGUUCCGGGCUAGCGACCCGCUGCUCAGCGUCCUCAUGUGGGGGGUCAACCACUCGAUCAAUGAACUGAGCCAUGUUCAAAUCCCUGUUAUGUUGAUGCCAGAUGAUUUCAAAGCCUACUCAAAGAUAAAGGUGGACAAUCACCUUUUCAACAAAGAAAACAUGCCAAGUCAUUUCAAAUUUAAGGAAUAUUGUCCAAUGGUUUUCCGUAAUCUAAGAGAGAGGUUUGGAAUUGAUGAUCAAGACUUUCAGAAUUCAUUGACAAGAAGUGCACCCCUUGCCAAUGAUUCCCAAGCACGUAGUGGUGCCCGCUUUCAUACAUCUUACGACAAAAGAUACAUCAUCAAAACUAUAACAAGUGAAGAUGUAGCAGAAAUGCACAACAUCCUGAAGAAAUACCAUCAGUUUAUCGUGGAGUGUCAUGGGAACACACUUCUUCCCCAGUUUUUGGGCAUGUACCGGCUUACUGUUGAUGGAGUUGAAGUAUAUAUGGUUGUUACAAGAAAUGUGUUCAGCCAUCGUUUAUCUGUUUAUAGAAAAUAUGAUUUAAAGGGCUCUACUGUGGCUCGAGAAGCCAGUGACAAAGAAAAGGCCAAAGAGCUGCCGACAUUCAAAGACAAUGAUUUUAUCAACGAUGGCCAGAAGAUUCAUAUUGAUGAGAAUAACAAAAAGAUGUUCCUUGAGAAACUCAAAAAGGAUGUUGAGUUCCUUGCUCAGUUAAAACUCAUGGACUACAGCUUGCUGGUUGGAAUUCAUGAUGUUGAAAGAGCUGAACAGGAAGAAGUAGAGUGUGAAGAGAAUGAUGGAGAAGAGGAAGGUGAAAGCGAUGGGACCCACCCCAUUGGAACCCCUCCAGACAGUCCAGGAAACACGCUGAACAGCUCAUUGCCCUUGGCUCCAGGAGAGUUUGAUCCAGCUAUUGAUGUUUAUGGAAUAAAAUCCCAUGAAAAUGCACCUAGGAAGGAAGUAUACUUUAUGGCCAUUAUUGACAUUCUUACUCAUUAUGAUGCAAAAAAGAAAGCUGCCCAUGCUGCAAAAACGGUAAAGCAUGGGGCUGGUGCGGAAAUUUCAACAGUUAAUCCUGAACAGUAUUCAAAGCGCUUCUUGGACUUUAUUGCCAACAUCUUGACGUAACCUAUCAUGUUACAUAGGACAGACAUGAGACCUGGGGACAGCAGCAUUGGCUACAAGUGUAGGGAAGAAAAGGAACUCAGAGAAGCGCUCAUCUUGCAGAAAGCAACCCCUUUGUUUACAUCUGCUGGCAAAGAUGACUGAAGUGGGGUGGAGUACUUGCUUUAACAGCUGCCUGAUAUUCCCAGCAUAGUUCUAGCUAUUUCUGACUCUUGUGUGUGUGCAAAAAAAGAAAAAAAAAUUAAAAUAAAUUAAAUAGAACAGCUUACUCGGAGUGCACUGUGACAGUAAUACUCUGAUGCUACCAGCUGAAAUGGAAUAAAUGAGCAAAGAGGUGUGGGGUGGGGGUGGGGAAGAGUAAAUGCAUGUUAAAUCUACAAUAUUGCUAUCAAAUUGUAAACUGUGGAUCAGUUUAUUUUUGAACUAAAGAGAUACACGACAGUAUUCUUCAUUAUGAUAACGAUGAUAAUAAUGAAAACCUUACUGCGAAUGUUACACUUACACCCUGCACACUGGCACUCCUUAAAAAAGCAGCUGCAACAGCCCUUGGUGCCAGAGGCUUUUCCCAUUUGGUUCCUAGCAGUUGGUUUUUUUCCUGGUUUUUUCCUUUCUCUCGUGGUUUUAUCUUCUUUGCAGCACAUUGCGUCAGGAAGUUCAGCCUCUUGGACAUCUGAGGGCUGGUGUCUCUCAUCUUACAAAGAGCUAACGUAAUUCAUGCUAUGUGUACAUUUUUGCUACAGUAAACUUUUGUUAAGGGGAAACUUUGCUUAUUUCACUUUGUUACCUGAAGUUUUCAUUUGUUUUAUAUUCUUGCAAUAUAGGAACUGAUAAUGUUAUAAAUGGGGAAAAAGUUUAUCUGAAGAAGCGCAUAGUUUUGGGCAAUAGUAGCUUCAUCUUUCACCAAUCCUGAAAGAUGUGCACAUCAAUAGAAAUUCCAUUCCUUUGUAAUUUACUGGGAAUUUGAAGUUUAAAUGCUUAUGUUGUACUGUUGAAACAGCGGUAUUUUAUUAUAGAUUAUCCCUCGAAAAAUGAACCCUGAAUUUUACUGUUUACAUUAUUAGGAAAGCAGGGAUACUUCUGAAUUUCAGAGCCGUGUACAAUAUAUGACUUUUGAGUUUACAUGUAAAGUUAUUUUGCAGUACAAAUGAAGUAAUGUUUGUCAUCUUCCAAGGUGUAAUGUGCAGUAGUGUACUAAAGUGAAUGUCUCACCUCCGUGAUAGACUCUUUUACAAUAAAAUGAGGAAGGAUAUUUCAGAGGGAUUUUUCCCAAGGUCGUCUUUUAGCAUCAAAAUGACCUGUCCUACCAUUUACACAAGUUUGAUUGCAUAGUACAUUGCCUAAAAUUGUGCUGAUCAUGUUUAACUUGUUUAAAAUUUUUAAACAACAUUGUAUUUCUUUUCUUCUUGUAUUUUUCCCUGAAAGACUCCAUGCUUGAAAGAGACAACUUUACAUAUGCUUCAAAGUUUAUCUACUUCUACACUGUGCUAAAGCUGUGCCUUUAAAAUUUCUUGAUUGAAAUUGUUAGAUUUUGUAGGCAACGUAAGAGAAGUCAAACCCUCCCCAUCAUGGUUUAUAACUCAGAUCAGGAGUGCCAGCAUGCCUUCUCCAUAACUAAUGUCAGUGCUGUUAAGCCUGCAACUGUGCAUAACGUAUGUAGUGGUUUACUUCAGAGGAGCCUAUACAAUAGCAACCCAUUACACUCUCUUCAGCGGCCAAAGGCAAUGCUAUCCCUGUUGCUGUGUACUAAUUUUUUUCUCCUUUCCCCAACCUUUCCUACAGGAUUUUUUGUUACGUUUGACUUAGCGAUGUCCGCAGCACUGUAAUGUAUGUGUAUACUUUUGUAUUGUAUGUAUUUAAAUAAGUUGGUACUGUGGCUUGAUAUUUUUUUGUCCUCCCCCUCUAUACCCCAGCUGUCUACAUUCUCACCCAAGUUUUGUUUUUUGAAGCAUGCUGUGGCUUCAUGAAGUAUGAGGCCAGAGGGAGACCCUGAAGUAAAAAUGAGGUACACAUACUUGGAGUACAUAUUUAAUUGCGGCCAACCAGUGUACAUUUUUAGACAAUUUUAGACAUUUACAGCAAAGCAUUCUUUUUGUCUGUGUAGCAGUUCUGUCACUCAUUCUUGUUGGUAAACUGUUUAUUUGGACAGGGCAAGGAAGACUCAUUAUUGUGUAUGUUAGUGCUUAGAUUACACUCCAAACAUGAGCAAGGCUUUAUAAAAUAAAGCACUUUGAUGACUCACUAGGUAAA